AUGGUUGUUCUCUCUGAAUUUUCUGGAGGAUCUUCAUCUUCUUCAUCAACUCAUGAUCAUAGAUAUGAUGUAUUUUUAAAUUUCAGAGGUGUUGACACUCGUAAGAGUUUCACUAAUCACCUUUAUAAUGCCCUCAUUCAUGCCAAUAUCACCACCUUCUUGGAUGAUGAAGAGAUUGAAACUGGGGAAGAUCUGAAACCAGAUUUGGAGAGUGCCAUUAAAGCAUCUAGAGCUUCUGUUGUCAUUUUGUCUGAAAAUUAUGCUAUUUCCACCUGGUGUCUUGAUGAACUAGUAUUGAUCCUUGAGCAACGUAUGAAAUCAAAUCAUGUUGUAAUCCCCAUCUUUUAUCAUAUUGAGCCCACCCAUGUCAGGAACCAAGAAAAUAGCUUUGGAGAUGCAAUGGCUAAGCAUAGACAAAAGAUGGAAGCAGAGACAAAUUCAAAUAAAAGAAGUAAAUUGGCUCAAAAGAUGGAAAAAUGGUAUAAAGCGCUCGUAGAAGUUGCUGGUUUAAAAGGGAAGGAUGCAAAUGGAAGGUAA